UUAUCCACAGCCAUGAAAUGGAACUCUAUCAUCAUCGUAUAGAUGUGGUCGUGUUCCUCCUCUUUGUCUCUCUCAUUUCCUCCAGUGGAGUUCCAAUCCCAUCUCGACCAGUGCAAUGCAACGUGAGAGACUAUGGAGCUCUUGGCAAUGGAUCAACGCUCGAAACCUCCUCAAUCCAGUCAGCAAUCAAUGCUUGCCACUCUCGCAGCAACAAACUCGGCUCCAAGAGUGUCGUCUGGGUUCCUCCAGGCUCCUACCUCACUGGAACACUCUUCCUCAGAUCCAACAUGACGCUCCACAUCGACCAUGGCGCCAAGAUCUUGGGAAGCUCCAGGCAGAUGGACUAUCCUCCCGAGAAGGAUCGAUGGUAUGUGAUUCUUGCCGAGGGCGUAGAGAAUGUGGGGAUCACUGGCGGUGGUGAGGUCAACGGCCAGAGCUCCAAGUUUGUGGUGAGAUAUGAUCCAAAGAAGAACAUCAUGACGAGCUGGAAUGUCACUGGGAACUGCCUAGGCGAUGAAUGCCGCCCCAGAUUGGUGGGAUUUCUACGCUCGACCAAGAUUCGCGUCUGGAACAUCGAUCUCCGGCAGCCGGCAUACUGGUGCUUGCAUCUGGUCAACUCGAACUUCAUACACAUCCACGACAUCUCAAUCUUGGGCGAUUUCGACACGCCCAACAACGAUGGUAUCGACGUAGAUGGAUCCAACAACACGGUGAUCGAGCGCUGCCGGAUUGACACGGGCGACGAUGCGAUCUGCCCAAAGACGACGUACGGACCGCUCGUCAACCUCACCGUCCGGGACUGCUGGGUACGGACAAAGUCGUGCGGGGUCAAGCUCGGCAGCGCCACCUUCUUCGACUUCCGCCACCUUCGAUUCUCAAACUUGAUCAUCGUUGAUUCGCAUCGCGGACUUGGGAUCCAGCUCCGGGACGCCGGGAGUGUCUACGACGUGAUCUUCGCCAACAUUGUAGUGUCCACUCGAUACUAUGAUCCGUCGUGGUGGGGGAGAGCCGAGCCGAUCUAUGUGACGGUGUGUCCCAGAGACGAAUUCACGCUGGUGGGAUCGGUCCACUCGAUCGAGUUUCGCAACAUCACUGCUCGAUCCGAGAAUGGGAUCUUUCUCGCGGCGUCUGAGAAUGGAGCUGUGAUUCACAGCGUGAAACUUGUGGACGUGGAUUUGAAAAUCGAGAGGUGGACGAGCUAUAGCGGAGAUGGAGGGAUGCAGGACUUUAGACCGGGAUGCCAGGGUCUUAUCUCCCACGACAAGAGAUCGGGAAUGUUUGUCCAGAGGGCGCAUGGCCUGUCGCUACAGAACGUCAGCUUUACGUGGGUGACGAGCAGUGGCGGCGGGGAAGAAGUUCCUAUUGAAUUUGGUUCCAGGACACCGGAGGACAGUAUUUCUCUCGUCAACUUUGCGAACGAUUUCCUGGCUUCAUAGUAACACUCCCAAAUCUAUUAAUAAGUUCGAUCGAGCAAGCUUCGACCAAACAUCGAUGAAAGAUCACGCUAUAGUUUUAGUC